AUGGCGGAAAUCUCAGGUGGAUGGCAAGAGAAGGUCCGCUUGAAGCGCGAAGCUCAAAAGCGAGCACUAGCUAUUGCAGACAAUAUCCCACAUUUUGACAAGGCCUUGCUAUACACCGAGGAUAUUUCGACGUUGGUCGGUAACUUUGCCUCUGGCCGGCUAAGUUCUGUAGCUGUGACGGGAGCAUAUAUCGAAAGGUUCCGUGAAGCUUACUACCUGGCUAACGAUGGCGGUAGUCUUACUGAAAUUCUCUUCGAGGACGCCUUGGCGUGGGCUCGUGAACUCGAUGAGUAUCAAAAAGAGCACGGGAAUGCUAUCGGACCGCUACAUGGUGUUCCCGUUACCCUUAAAGACCAAUUUAAUGUUAAAGGCUACGAUAGCACACUCGGUUAUGUUGGCCGCGCAUUCAAUCCCGCGACUGAAGAUGCGGUUCUUGUCGCGCUGCUAAAGAAACUCGGUGCUGUUGUGCUGGCCAAGACGAAUCUUCCUCAGAGCAUAAUGUGGUGUGAGACUGAGAAUCCGCUUUGGGGCCUUACCACGAACCCUAACUGUAAGGACUACACGCCCGGCGGCUCGACAGGCGGCGAGGCAGCGCUACUAACCCUUUAUGGGAGUAUUCUUGGUUGGGGAACAGAUAUUGGUGGCAGUAUUCGGAUACCUGCCCAUAUGAUGGGUCUAUACGGGUUCAAGCCGAGUAGCUCCCGUCUCCCAUAUCAAGGAGUACCUGUAUCAACCGAAGGGCAAGACCAUGUUCCUUCAUCGGUAGGACCACUAAUGAGAAAUCUGCCGUCGCUGACCCUAGUGAUGAAAGAGCUGAUCCAGUUAGAACCCUGGAAACAUGACGCCCGUUGUGUACCUAUACCAUGGAGGGAAGAAAUCUUCGAGGAUUUCGGGUCUAAGCGGCUGACAAUUGGCCUGCUUAUUGACGACGGGGUAGUCCGACCACACCCGCCGAUUACGCGGGUACUUCUCUCACUGGUGAAGUGGCUGCAGGACGCCGGUCAUGACAUCGUUGAAUGGAAUUCUAACCUCCACGCCGAGUGCAUCCAAGUUAUGGAUGAAUUCUAUACGGCCGACGGUGGCGAAGAUAUCCGCCGCGAUGUUCAAGCUGGUGGAGAACCCUUUAUUCCCCACGUGGAAGCUUUGGUCAACAAAGGCCAGCCCAUUUCUGUCUACGAUUAUUGGCAGUUGAACAAGCGUAAAAUAGCGCUCCAACAAGCGUAUCUCGAGAAAUGGAAUGGAAUUAGAUCACCAAAGACAGGAAAGCAGGUCGAUGUCGUGCUGAUGCCGCCGAUGCCACAUACAGCUGUCCCCCAUCGCGCUUGUCGAUGGGUGGGAUAUACUAAGAUAUGGAACGUCUUAGACUAUUCGGUUCUGGUUAUCCCAGCAGGCGGAAUAUCUUCUGUCGAUGGCUUCGCGCCAUGGAACCACACGCCGAGGAAUGUACUAGAUGAGUGGAAUAAUGUUCUAUGGACUCAAGAAAAGGAGGAGAUGAUCAAGCGUGGCCUGCCGGUUGGGGUGCAAAUAGUUGGAAGGAAGCUCGAAGAAGAGAAAGUCCUCGCAAUCGGCACCGUUAUUGAUAACAUUAUUCGAGACAUGUGCACUAAUAGGUAUUAG